CUUGGCAUACUCUUAGCUGCCCUCUUUUCAAUCACCACGAUUGCCGUGGCCAGUCAGUCCCCGGCGCCCUGAAGUUUAAGAUUGAACUGAUUUUGGAAUUAUUUUUUUCUGCCUAACCUCAGCCAUGAGUACCGAAGCCGCGCAGCCCAUCUUCGCCACGGGCGAGAACUGCAAGCCGGUGUGGACCGACGCGAAUGCCCAGUAUAACCAGGCUGAUACACACCUCGAGAUCAUGGGGAAGCCGGUCAUGGAGCGAUGGGAGACCCCCUACAUGCACUCGCUCGCCACGGUAGCGGCGUCCAAAGGAGGCCGGGUGCUGGAGAUCGGGUUCGGAAUGGCUAUCGCUGCCACUAAGGUGGAGUCGUUCCCUAUCGAGGAGCACUGGAUCAUUGAGUGCAACGACGGAGUGUUUCAGAGGCUGCAGGAGUGGGCGAAGAACCAGCCACACAAGAUCGUCCCUCUCAAAGGAUUGUGGGAAGAUGUGGUGUCAACCCUGCCUGAUGGCCACUUUGACGGUAUUCUUUAUGAUACCUACCCUCUGUCUGAAGACACCUGGCACACACACCAGUUCAACUUCAUCAAGGGCCACGCUCACAGGCUGCUGAAGCCCGGCGGUGUCCUCACCUACUGUAACCUCACCUCCUGGGGAGAGCUGCUCAAGACCAAAUACGACAACAUUGACACCAUGUUCCAGGAGACGCAGGUGCCUCGGCUGCUGGAGGCUGGCUUCAAGAAGGAGAGCAUAAGCACCAGCCUGAUGGACAUCUCCCCUCCCUCCGAGUGCAAAUACUACUCCUUCCACAAGAUGAUCACCCCCACCAUCCUCAAACAAUAAACCCUCUUCCCCUGCCCAGCAAAACCAAGCCAAAUCUGUGUCACCACGCAAACAGGAGCAUGUGCUUAUGUGUGGGGGGUUGCAUCUAUAAACAAGCGCAUGAGCAAGCUGCAAAAUAAGAGCUAGAAGGUCCAUUAGAACCCUCUCAAGAGAUCUUGAUGACUACAGCAGCAGAUCAUGUAUAGUAAUGCAGUUCCACAUCUUGCAUUUGCAUCUUCUCCAGCACCGUGUCUAUAUAUGAAACCAACUAGCAACUGUGCUGUCACAGAAAACAAGGUAUCGAAACGUAAGAUCAUGUUCCUAUUUGUGUGGUUAUCCCAUGCAGUGCUAGCUUGAUUAAACAGUAACUGGUGAACCAGUAAUUCCAACCCUUUUAAACCCUGUCUUCUGUUUCUAACACCUGUGCUGCGUUUUACAACCACUGUAACUAAUCCAUCAUUAAUCUGUACAAAACUGCACAGGGUUUAUUAGUGUUGCUUAGUUCCAGGCCAGCAGUGGGGUGAUAACUGUUGGAUGUUGAGUUUAACAGCUGGUUUCUCAGACUAACGCUACUCUGGGACUACUGCUAACUUAGUUAGUCUGAUGUUAGUGCUAACCAGGGCUGUGAAACCAGCCAAAGAGUAACUCAGGACACAUUCUCAGGCAUUAGACUUGUGAAUUAAUUUACUGCCAUUCUUCUUCUGAAAUAAAUUCAAUCCACUGUUAAAAAAUAAAUGGAUCCCAGUUGUUAGGGAAAAGGAGACGCACUAGAAGACACCUCAAACCCUGUUGUGACUUUUCUUAAACAGUUUGGAAACUUACAAGAAAUAAUAAUAAUAAAACAGAACACAUUUCUGGUGCAAA